AAAUAUGAACUCAUGUUUGGAUUGAAAGCUAUUUAUAGCGACUUUUGGUCCAAAUUUAACGCAAUUUUUGUCUUCAUUUCCACUUCUCUCUGAAUUCGUUGCAAAGAAAACACAGAAAACAACAAAUCGGCGAAAAAUGGCGGACGACGCGCGAGCAAAGUUCGAGGACAAGGAGCGCAAGAAGGCGGAGAUCAGGAAGCGUUUGGAGGCGCAGAUGAAGUCCACGAAGAAGAAGGGAUUCAUGACUCCGGAGCGCAAGAAGCGGCUGCGGCAACUGUUGCGCCGAAAAGCGGCGGACGAAGUGAAGCGUCAGCAGGAGUUGAAGGAGAAGGAGAGGCAGCGCAUUAUCAUCGAACGCACGGGAAAGCCGAAGUCCACGGCCGACGCCAACGAGGCGAGUCUGAUGGCAAUGUGCAAAGAGUACUACAACCGGAUCUACAAACUCAACGAAGACAAGUGGGACCUCGAGCUCAUCACCUGCAUCAAGGAGUACGAGAUCAGUGACUUGCAGUCGCGCGUGAACGACAUGAGAGGAAAGUUCAUAAUCCCGCCGCUGAAGAAAGUGUCCAAAUAUCAGACGCAGUUGGAGAAGAUGCGGCAGUGGACCUACAAGUUGGCCAAAAUGGACUUGAAAGGGGGUCUGAAGCCCGUCAAGAAGGAGAUCGACCUCGGCGAGAAGGAGGCGAAGAAGGAGAACAAGCCGGAAUGGGACGAAAAGGCGCGAAAAAAGCAAGAAAUCCGCGAAAGACUCGAAGCGGAGAUGAAGUCCACGAAAAAGAAGGGAUUCAUGACUCCGGAGCGCAAGAAGAAGUUGCGGGUG